UGCGAUUAAAGGCAUCAAAGGUAUACGUUGCUUGAAGGAAUCUUGUCCAACAGUCAGCUGGAGUUAGAUUUUUGGAAAUAAUAUUACUAACAAUCGGAACCGAGCUGCGAAUGGCAUAGUGUAAUUGGAUGGAACACCCCUUGCACUGUGCAGUGCGUCAGGACUCAUCAGUGAUAUAAACAAACGCACCAGGAAGUGUGUUUGUGUGUGCUUGCGAGCAUAGCUUGUGUAUUGAUUUUCCCUGUGUGAAAAAAGUAUGAUCCCACUAAACCAUCUCCAUCGUUGUACUCGAAUCGGGGAGGAAGCUUAUUUGGAGAUUUAUCCCGCAGCUCCCACACCGACCAUGCUCCAGGCCAAACGUUCAUCGCACUAAAGCUUUAACCGCCCCGGUGGUUGGGUACACUCUGAAUCGCUACUCUGAAUUCACCUACACCCGUUGCCUCAGUUGUGUUAAGCUAAACGUUACGCACACGUUACGUUUAACCAAAGUUAACAGAUCACGUGGUGUUUCACGUGGUCGCGAUCCUUAGUAAAACCAUUCCAAAAAACAACCGCUGAACAGCAGCCACCAGCAACAAGCGAUACUGCCCCGUGGAAACCCGCGUGCCCUCGCCCGUAUCGCACUCAAAACCCCAUACUGUUCAAAUGCAAUAAUGGCACCCUUUAAGCUUAAGUUCCGCAUGGGUAGUGGGUCGUCGCGUAGUACCUCUCAGGAGCAGGAUGUCGUAGUAGAUAGUCAAUCCAAUCCGGUCGGACCUCUUUUAGCGAACAGUGCGAACGCAAAUGACUUUGGUAGCAGCACGACCCUUGAUUCCGAGCAGAAUAACGAUAGCCUUGUGUCGAUGAGCAACGAUCGGCGCGCCUUAAUACUGACCAGUAACACUACCGACGAACCAAUACUAGGAUAUGACAAUCCUUCGCUCACCAACACGGAGCCUACGAACGUUAUACCAUUAAGCCCACCGCCAUCGUACGAGCAUGUGUUAGAAGAGAAUCGGCUCGCUGCUUUGGAUAAGGAAAACAAUCGAACAUCGUUACUGAACCUUUCGCCAACUGCCCUCGGGUACGAAAUGAUGUCGAACAAUCAACCGGCUGGUACGGAGCACCAACCACAGCAACCUUGCACGACGGAGCAAGGAGGUUCGCCCGGUGCAACGAAAAAGCAAGAAUCGAUCGAUUCUUCGCUCUACACCUGCAGCUCGACGACGACCCCGUCGCAGGAAAACUUGCUCACCUGCACCGGUUCCUGCGAUCCGCUGUAUCAGCUGAGCUGCAAUGAAGGACUGCAGGAUUUAGCCGAAGAGAUGGAAACGAUGGCAAUCGACGAGACGUGCCUGUCGAACGAAAAUCAGGACACUUUAUCGCUGGACGAAGAGUGUAGCUCGUACAGCAACUCGCAACCGAUCUACGAUCAACAACAGCACACUGCCCCGAAGGCGGAGAUCAAGGGUCCGGAGAUACUGUACAAAUCGAGCAAGCAGCUGUACAAAGCGGUGGCCAAGGAGUGUGGCAUCACGUGCAAGAUGUCCGACCAGUGCCGCUGCUUAGACUGCCAAAGCCGUUACUUUGACUGCGAGUACGAUCAGAAUGAAAAUGAGAAAACUGAUGGAGGAUUAGGUGCUGGUACGCCAAUGUUCAUCAGUGAGGUCAUGCACGGUAGCGCGUGCACCAUUCUCUAAGCCUACAGACACGCUGCAGCAACACUACCGAUUGGGAUAGCCGUAGUGGAAGGGAAACGAAAUCAGCAUCAGUCAUCGACAGAACUACCAACGGACAAUUGUAGUUCCCCGGGGGAAGUGAUAUGACGCCGUACACAACUGGGCCGCCUACCGGAGUUGUCCGCAUGUUGUCCCACACCUUUACGCCCUGUUCAUGGACGCUACGAACCUACGGGAGAGGGAUAGUUAGAUAAGCAUAGACAACACACAUCGAUGGCCUUCAGCAGCUUGCGUUCAUGAUUCUUAGGGCUAAAGCAUUAUUUCCCCCCACGAUUGAUUUACAUCGACGGUACUACCAUGGCGGGCCAGUUUACCCCACCUCUCUCUCUUCGUGUACCGAUGCUGCAGCAACAGCACACGAGUAUCGAGAGGGGGAGCGGGCUAACGUUGGAACGUUUCCUAGAUUUUGACUCAAAUGGUGAUACUACUUUUUGCAGCAUACAUAAGAAGUGUGCGCACACUUACCAACUAACCGAUAUUAAUGUUUAGUAUUUCCUACAGAUAGUUACAGUAACAGUAGUAGGUGAGGAUGUCUGUCUUUUUUAACAAAACGAAAACAGUAUUUAAUAGCAAAAAACCCCAGCAAACUCGCUCCUCGUGUGGUGCACAGAAUCUCUUUGUGUCUGUGAGAGCAUUUUUAAAUUGGUCAACUUUUCUGAUGGUAAGCAGUUGCUUGCAGACACUAUUCUUUAAAACGGUUCUUUAGAAUCCUGCCUGCCCGGACGGGAGGAAUCGACCAGUAGUAGAACGAACAUGUGUAAUAUGCGAUCUAUGCACAAAAUAGAUAGGAAGCGUGCUUGUUCUGUUUUGAUCUGUCUUUGAAAUCUGUUUGUGAUUGGAAAAAGAAACCCUACGAUCUGGUGUACUGGACACAUUCGUUUGUUUCGCAUUUUUUUCAGAAGUCGUGUAUUAUUCGGGCAGGAUACAUAAGAGCCAAACACUCCUCCUUAACAAUGCAACUGUUUGCAUCUCCUGGACGAACAAGAAUACGAAAUAUUAGCUUAUAUUUUUGUAGCAAAAGCAAGAAGUCAUUUACAGUAGGAUAAUGAUACAACCAUGUGGUACUGAUAUGAGCAUAUGAUAUGAAUAUAUUUACACAAUGUAGCAAAUUUGAGCAUAACGAUGCAAAUGCAACACACUGCAGCAUAGGAAACAGAACGCAACAAAUGCUAUAAAGGUGUGUAAGGAUUUUGAACUUCAAUGUCAUCCACAAAAGAAGAGAAACACUCAUAAGCUGUACCCGAGCAGCAAGUUCGGGCUUUAGCAGGGUAAAACUACAACAACACUUACAUUCCAAAACAAAAACCCAUGUGUUAGCAACGCCGUUUAAUUUUGAGAAUAAUAGAAACAAUCUUAACGCGAUGGAGCAGCGUUCGAUCGAGUGUCGUAAUUACUAUACGGUCUAAUAAAAUGCACGACAAGAAAGCAAACGUGAUGCCUAGUAAUAGCAAACAGUACUGACCAUUUGGUAGCCGUUACUGUAAAACCGUUCUUCAAUUUACACGGGUCAAGUCAAUGCGACAAACGCGAGCGGUAUGUUAGAAGAAACCAAAAACAAACCAAGUGAACCAUACCAACUAUUCAUACAAAAAUGCCCCACAAACAUACACAUCCAACAAUAUAUAUAUAUAUGGACGAUGUAUUACAUAUUGGUGAAUGUGUGAGUGUGUGUGUAUGUUUCUAUUGCUAAAGCUGAGCAAUUGAAGUGCAGUGAUCUUCACUGAUCUAACCCCAUUGGCGUAUAAAACGGAACGGAAGUCACUAAACUACACUAAAACGAAUUCAACAGUUAACGAUUGUCUCGUUGAUCGUAACAAAAGUGUGCAAACUUAUUUUAUUUUUUAAAUUACAUUAGUUUAUUUUCUCUUUCUAGAAACCAAAUAAGUUACACCUACGUUGGUAAGCUUUAAAAAGGUGCAAGCGCGGCUGGUGCAAUUUUAAAUGUGAAGUAACUUGAUCGUAUUGUUAGAUCGAUGUACAAAACAACAACAGAUAACAGAUGGUAUGUUAUGUGAAAAUUGCAACGACACUUAUGUUCCACAAAACACAACUAAAGUUAGAACAGUAAAAACAAAAUGCACUAAAUAAAGAAACAUUUAAACUA